GUAAUGUUUCGGGGAACCCAACAGACGCCCCCACCCCGAUGACCACGGAGGCAAAAGGCACCAGCAGCACAGCAGCCCAUGAAGCCCCCGGAGCCCCCAGCAGUGCUGAGCCGAGGCCAGAGACGUCUGCUGCAGCCAGGUCCCUGGCACCCAGCUCCACCUCCCUGGGGCUCAGCAGCACAUGGACCAGCCCGCAGCCCAGCCAAGCCCCCACACAGCUGCCGGGCACCCCCUCGGACCCCAACCACACCAGCCAGGGGGUCGGCACCACCGAGAGCCCAGAGACACAGCCCAGCAAGAGGGCAGAAACCCCAGGGCCCACGCUAGUUCUGACCAGCUCUCCUGCCACCUCGGGGCAUUCUCCCAGCUCAGCUGCCACCACGUCACCACACACAGUCAGGGACAGCCCAAAGCCCAUCACGUGCCACAAUGUCAAAGAAGUGAGUGACACUGGAGUUCUCUGCUUGCAGCUCAACGAGUCCUACACCUGCAAACAUUUUUUAGAGAUGAAGGGACCGGCCCUAUGGAGUGCAGUGUGUGAACAGAGCACCCACCAAGUUCCCUCCCCCUGCCAGAUUAAACUGGCUAAAUCUGAGGUGGACCGUAACUGCAUGCUCCUCAUCCUCGUCGGGGAGAGAGAUCCUGCCACAGACGUGCUCCAGGAAUCUCACUGGGAAAAGUUUGGAAUACAAUCCCUUAAACAGGGGAACGUGAGGAGCCACCAGGACUUUUCUCAGAAGACCCUGAUCGCCCUGGUGACCUCGGGGCUCCUGCUGGCGUUCCUGGGCUUGGCUGGCUACUACCUGCUGAAGCGGCGGAGCUGGAGCCCGGCGGGGGAGAGGCUGGCUGAAGACCCCUAUUACACGGAGAGCGGCAGCCAGGGCAAUACCAUGUUGAUGAUGCCCCCCCAAGAGCAAGCUGAGCUGCAGGAGAAGCCAAACCUCAACGGUGGGACUCAGGAGAACGGGACUGGCCAAGCAGCCUCCAAAAACGGCCCCUCGGGCAGGCAGCACAGCCCCGGUGACACCGAGAUGUGA